UCGGCAACAGAACGGUUGGUUAGCUAAAAAACGAGUGGCGAUUCGCCCAAUAAAAAAUUAAUAAAAAAAAAUUCUAAAAGUUAGAAAAGAAAACGCAACGAAUAUAAGUUUCAAGAAAAACAGUGAAAAAUAUACAAGAAAAAAAUCAAAGAAAUUUAAAAAAUCUAAUAAAAGAGAAAAACAAAAUUAAAAAAAAAAGUUUUAUCUCAAAUAUUAUGCAACAUUUUUAUUAAAAAAAAAAAAAAUUCAAAACAAAAGUGAAAAACUUAUCUAACAAAAUGUUUGAACCUCGUUUUGUGUUGGCCACCUUGGCCUUAAUCGCGCUUUCCCUGUCUGCCUCGAUGGCCCAAGAUCGCAAUGUGAUUUUGGAAACUUUGGAUUUUCUGCGGCGCGGCCAAGAGGAUGUGGAGCUGGAAAACUACGAUAAUCUGAUACAAAUGGAAGGCGAAUACGAUUUUAUUGUGGUGGGCGCUGGCACUGCUGGCUGCACUUUGGCUGCCCGUCUCUCUGAGAAUCCCAAAUGGAAGGUCUUGCUCUUGGAGGCUGGUGGGCCGGAACGCCUCAUCAUGGAUGUGCCCAUUGUGGCCCAUUUCCUGCAAUUGGGUGAAAUGAAUUGGAAAUAUCGCACUCAGCCCUCGGACAAGGCCUGUCUGGCCAUGAACAACAAUCGCUGCAAUUGGCCCAGAGGCAAAGUCAUGGGUGGCUCCUCGGUACUCAACUACAUGAUGUACACACGAGGCAAUCGCCGCGAUUACGACCGCUGGGAGCAGCUGGGCAAUGAGGGUUGGGGCUUCGAUGAUGUCUUGCCCUAUUUCAAGAAAUACGAAGGCUCCAGUGUGCCCGAUGCCGAUCCCGAUAUGGUGGGCCGCACAGGUCCUGUCAAGAUUUCCUAUGUCAAUUGGCGUUCUGACAUUGCCACCGCCUUUGUGGAGGCUGCCCAGCAAGAUGGCUUGAAAUACCGCGACUACAAUGGCCAUAUACAAACUGGAGUGGCCUAUUUGCACACCACCACCCGCAAUUCCACCCGUUGGAGCUCCAACCGCUCCUACUUGUACCCCUUGAAGGGAAAACGCACCAAUUUGCAUGUCAAGAAAAAUGCCUUGGUCACCAAGAUUUUGAUUGAUCCCGACACCAAGACAGCCUAUGGCGUUUUGGUCAACACCGAUGGCCACGAACACAAAAUCCUUGCUCGCCGUGAGGUUGUGGUAAGCGCUGGUGCCAUUAACACCCCCCAAUUGCUAAUGUUGUCCGGUGUGGGUCCCGCCAAACAUCUGAAGGAAUUCGGCAUAAAACCCUUGGUGGACUUGGCGGUGGGCUUCAAUUUGCAGGAUCACACUGCCCCGGCGGUGACCUUUACCACCAAUGCCACUUCGUUGCAUUUCGAAGAUUUUGCCCAACCCAAUUGGCUCAACAGAUUCAAUCGCCAAGAGGGACCCUAUGGCUCUCCUGGAGGCUGCGAGGCCAUUGCCUUCUGGGAUUUGGAUCAUCCCAAUGAGGAAGAUGGCUGGCCCGAUAUUGAGCUGUUCCUGGUGGGUGGUUCCAUGACCUCAAAUCCUGCUAUAUCUCGUGGUUUUGGCCUCAAGAAGAAUAUCUAUGACAAUAUGUUUGCCGAAAUAGAGGAACGCAAUCUGAAUGCCUUCAUGAUAUUCCCCAUGAUACUCAGGCCCAAGAGUCGUGGCCGUAUUAUGCUCAAAUCCACCGAUCCCUUCAAAUACCCACUCAUCUACUCCAACUAUUUUACCCAUCCCUAUGAUGUGGACAUCUCGGUGCGGGGCCUAUUGAAGGCCAUUAGUCUCAUGAACCAGGAGGGCUUUAAGAAAAUCAAUGCCAAAAUGUGGGAUCGCCGCGUGCCUGCCUGCAUGAAGAACAACGAGUUUGCCUCCUAUGGCUAUUGGGAGUGUUAUGUGCGUCACUUCACCUUUACCAUUUAUCACUACUCGGGCACCACCAAAAUGGGUCCCAAGUCGGAUAGAGCCGCUGUGGUGGAUCCCCGCCUUAGGGUGUAUGGCAUUAAGAAUUUGCGUGUAGCCGAUGCCAGUAUAAUGCCAGAAAUUAUGUCUGGCCAUCCCAAUGGACCCGUAUUCAUGAUUGCCGAGAAAGCUGCCGAUAUGAUAAAACAGGAUCAUGGUUUCAAGCAGUAGCCAAGGUAAACUGUCACCCAGGGGAGAGAUUAUCUCGCCCUAAACUCCUAAAGAAAAGAAGCUGAGUGUUAUUUAUGGUCAUUAAGUCAUGUAGAAAUUCUGCCCUUCAUUUAUUGCCAGAUGUUUCAGUUCAUUUUGUGGAAUGUAGGAAACAUUGUUAAACUGUUUUGUAUUUUAGCGUAAUCCUUCGCCACCCCUCCAA